AUGGCCGUGCUCUGCCCAGGCUGCGGUGCACUCCACUCCGAUGAGUCGUUUCUCUAUUCACGAUUGCUUCACGACCCCACUCACGCCAGCGUUGUCUAUCCUUAUAUCACCCCUUCAUCAUUCACAGGGGAAGAACUGCCAAAACCAUCUCAUUGUCCUGGUAGCAUAUGUUGCGACGCCACGAACACAACCUCAGAAUCCUAUGUUGGCUCUCCGCGCUCGGACUUGCGCGGGCAACCUAUUCUGCUGUUCCUAGAUUCGUUGGUCCGAAGAUGGGGCCAGGCCGUUGCACUCGUCAACGACGCGUUCUUUGUGUUUGGCGGAAAGACCGACCAAUACAACCAGUACUCGUACACCUCUGCUCCCUGGAACAAUGACCUCCUUUUCCUCUCCUUCUCCUCCUCCUUCGAUUCAACCUCACCCCCUUGGCAAUAUGUCAGCGGCUCGCAGAACUCCUCUACAUCGAAUGGGCCAUCCUUGGCCUGGCAUACCCUCUCUGCCGUUAACACUUCCUGCGCCCUUUUAUUUGGGGGGAACACGGGCCCCUUGUCGCAGCAAGUCCUACUAGACAAAUCGGACUCCGCUUUCUUCCUUGAUAUGUACGACCGGCUCGCUCCCAACUGGAUCGACGAGAGCGACUCGUGGGCUAACGAGCCCCAGCGGCGCAUGCGUCAUUCUGCAUCGUCGACGGGCGGCAAAAUCUGGAUCGUCGGGGGGGAGCGUGCAGACGGUUCCACGAAUGGGUUUUCUGACCACUACGUAUUCGACCCGAGCGUCCCCUCCUUUGCGCAGCUCCCCUCUGCCAACUCUCCCCCUGACAUCUACGGACACGCUUCCAUCGUCCUGCAGGACGGUCGACUGAUCGUUUUCGGAGGAUUCUCGCAAUCACAAGGCAGGCUCAUACCCUUUGACACCAUCUGGGCUUUAGACACCACGCAAUCGACCCUGGUAUGGACGACGAUCCAGGUGGAUACCUCUAACCUGCCCAACGCUCGGAUGGCGUUCGCGGCAGUCAUUUUAGACGACGGGCGCGUCCUCAUACACGGCGGGACAGAUUCCGGAUUUCAGGACAACUUAAGCGACGGGUGGAUCCUCGACACAUCGAAGAGUCCGAUGGUAUGGUCUGCAGUGAGCGCGCUAGCGGCGUUGGGCGGGAGAAGGGAUCAUUUCGCCAUUUGUGUCGGCAGUCAGGUGAUCUUUGGAUUUGGAUAUGGAUCCGCUGGGCCUGCCGACGCUAAUUUACAUGUCUUCGACGUCGACUCCGGGAACUUCUCAUCAUCCUUUACACCCAUGACGACCGGGCCCGCGCAUCAGACGCUGCCGACCCCCACCCCAACAAAUGGAGGUAGUUCCAGCCAAACCGGCACUGCCGGCUUACCAGGCCAUACUGGCUCAAGUACUUCGAACUCAUCCGGUACCAAGAUUCAUGGCUCCGCCAGCUCGACCGGUGCUGCAUCGUCGCCGAGCAACACUCAAAGUGGCAGCAAUGAUGGGAACGGCGGCGGUGAUGACUCUGGCCCCAACAGCUCCAAGAAUAAGAAGACAGCGGCCAUCGCUCUCGGGUCUAUUCUCGGAACGCUCGGAUUUGUCGUCGGCACUGCUGCUGCGAUAUACUACGUCCGUCGGCGGGCCCAUCAAAGGCCGGAGGACUUUUCUCCUCUCGGCAACGACGAGGACGACGAAGAGGUUCCCCAUGACAUUACCGCCAUCGCUAUGGUCGGCGGACACGAAAAAGGGCGCUCAGCAUUCCCUGUCUUCCUCGGAGCGGUGGGCUUGGGCCGGGUACACCAACCUGCUGCUCGGGAACGACGCGACAUGCUCGCGGACGAGGACAGGAGUUUCGGGUCCUCUCAAUGGCGGCAUGUGUCAAGGGAAGGUAGCGGGAGUAGCUGGAGCGGGACUGGGACCACGAGCAGACGGAGCAGUCAGGCAAGGACCUUCACGGAUGUCGUCACUGGGAGCUUAGCCUCUCUCCGUGCGAUCGGAAGACGCGGGACACGGUCGCGAGAGCCAACGCAGACCAGUCUCGAGUGGAACGAGAAGGAUCCGUUCUCAGAUGAGGUCGGGUUGAUGGCAGGAGGGUUUGCUGAGCAUGGUCUGCCGGAAAGACUUCGGGGUGGAUCUACCUCCAUGCCCGUGGGCAUGACAGGACCGUACACAAACCCCUUUGAGGACGCAGAGGUGCUGCACGAUGCUGGCUCGGACAGCGAUCUAGAGCAGGGUGAUCAUCACCGUCCCGCCUCUGGUGUUGCCUUGAAACUGCCCCACCCUUCGCUGCGCACCGCUCUACUCCCGAUUCCCGACUUUGUUCCGAUGUCGCCCCUCAUGGAGCAGGCGUCGCACAACAGCUUAUCCGGCUCCUCCUCUUCACACCUCUUAUCUUCUGGCUACGUUGAAAGCUCUCGGACCUCGCAGGAUCCGUCGCCGCGGUCGCCGCGGCCGACCUCCAUCAUCGACGCCAACGCGCCACCGAGUCUGCCGAUCCGCCGAUCCGAUUCGUGGUGGGCACGGUUCGCACGCACGCCGCUCAGACUCUCUGGUUCUGGGGACGCUGCGAGCGCAAACCAUCCAUCGCGCUCGUCGUUGUUGGAGUUCCGCGACCCGAAUCCGCCCCCGAGGCUGAUCACCAUCGAGGAAUCCCAGCACUCAAACUUGCCAGAUUCACCCGACUCAAAGUACGCCCACGAGGGAGCAAACUCGGCGGGUCAGGGCGAUGGUGGCGGUGGCGGUGGCGGUGACGGUGGAGGCGGCGUCUCGCGUCGCGCGUCGAGAGCGGCAGUGUAUGCUUCGUUGGGCCACGGAAAGUCGGUGUCGUCGCUGCAGACUGCGAACACAGAGACGCUAGAGCGCGCAGAAGGGACGAUGGCAAUCAUCCAGCGCGAUGGCACGAUGGACUCGCAGCUCACGACGAGUCCCAUCGCAGGCGACGACUUCGGCCAGGGGGAGCCCGUCGCGGGCCCGAGCACGCGUCGGCUCUUGUUCGUACGUCAGAUCUCACAGGCGGGUAGCGAGGGCUCCCGCGCUUCGAUACCAUUGACUCCGCCUGUGGACGAGGGUGUGCCUGUUGAUUCUGAUGCGCGCAAUCGGGACAGCGAGCGUUCGUCUACAUUCGAGCCGUCGUUGCCGGCGGUUGGACCUACUGGCCCGCGCUUGCCGCCACGACGACUAUCGAGUGCGGGCACGGGCACGGGUGCCGUCUCUGCACGGAUAAAGGCUUUCGAACGGAGGCUGUCGCACGACGCCGAGGGACCACCCCCGCCAACCAAUACAAGGAAGCGAGAAGAGAGAUCGGGUCCACGGCCUGUGGUACGAUACACGCUUGUGCCUAAACCAUCUCUCUUCGUCGCGAACCCGGAUCGGCGGGAUAAUGCCUCGUCCGACACGCUAUAG